AUGCUCUCGACAGACUCCCGAGAAGACGUCCCGAUCUCGAUCAACCCUGAUUCUCUUAUCGGCAGCGAUUUCAUCAAGCAUCAAGACCGCGUGAAGAACAUCACCUUGGGCUCGAACCACAUCCAUCACGCUCUUGAAAGAUGCUACAAUGUUUGCUUCGAUCUCGACAACGGAUGGUACUGUAUAGGAAGGGAUAAUGGGAGGCACAAUGGUUCGUGUGCCCAGUGUGGUGCGGCUUGGUUCAAGAUCGCCUGGAUCCCUUUUUUUUUGCGCCAAAGCAAUCCGUACAAGCCGAUCGACAUGCUCAAUACUUCCACUUGUGAUAGUGUUCACAAAUCACUUGUGGUUAUCGAGAGCCCUUGCCUUCCAAAGCAGGCUGCGUGCUUGAUUAAGCCCCUUCAGUCGGUAAAAGUCGAUAUGCUCGUCACGGAUUUCUUCCAAUCUCUCAUUUCUUCCAAGUUCUUGACAGUCCUGGCAGCAAUUGCCAGUAACGAGGGGGGUUCCGGCUUCCAUGAAUUGCGAACGGAUACGCUCCAUGGGGCGAUCGCCCGUCAGGAAGGUCUGGCCUAUACCCUCGGCAAGUUGACGUCGCUGAAUCGCUUCCUGCCGUUGAUUUUCCUCAAUCUCUGCGUCGCUGUCAAUUGUAUCGCUUCUUGUGGAUGCAUGACAGAGGCUGAAAUUUCACAUACCUUGAAAGCAUCGCAGCGAACCCUGCUAUGCCGAAAUAUCUCGCAAGCUUGGCAGAGGCAAGUUGCCAAUGAGAUGUGCCCCUCAGCCGCUCCGACCUCACAGAAGGAGACCCCAUCCCAGGAUCAGUUGAAGUUGCACAAGAGUAGAAACAGGCUCACUGCCGCGAACGGCUACACCAUCGUCAGGAAGACUUGUGGUCAACAAUUCUAA